UGCAAAAAUAAUAAUCGAUUAUAUGCCAAACCUCGAGAAAAAAUUUGGUUUUUUAAUUUUUUAUUGCAAAUUAUUAACGAAUGUUUUCAAAUCCGGACAAUAUUGGUGUGUCAACUGUCAAAACAUAACCUAAAAUACAAUCGAAUUUCAAACCGUGAAAAAUGUGUUAAUUUGCGAAAAUGAACAAGGGAAAGAUCAGUUUUGGUAAAAUCAGCACCAAUUUCGGUGAAAAUGCGGAAAAAAUUGAAGCUAGUGGUAGUAUCGGUACUUUCGGACCCCCCAAAGCAAUGGAACUCCUCGAAGACGACAGCAAGGAAAGAGAGCAAAUUAAGGAAGUCAUGGGAAUCAGUUCCUUUGGCAAAAAGGCCAAAAAUUUUGAUGUCCAAGAAAUGAUGGAACAAGUCAAAGCCACUGCUCGUGAAAUAACUAAACCCCCUGAAGAGCAGCAAGAUGAAGCUUCAGAAGAUUCAGAUUCAGACUCCGAAGAUGACUUAAUAGGCCCCCCAAUUCCGCCGGAUUUGAACCCCGCAGCCUCCUCCCAGCCUUCCAAAUCCCAAUCAAGCGACAGCGAGGAGGAGGAAGAACCCAAUAAACUCUUCAUUCCUUGCACAAGUGAAGUUAUUAUGACCCACGGAAACAAAGCUGUGACUGCUGUCAGCGUAGACCCCAGUGGGGCCCGUCUCGCGUCGGGCUCCGUCGACUACGACGUCAGUUUCUGGGACUUCGCUGGAAUGGAUUCAAGUAUGCGUAGUUUUAGGACUCUCCAACCGGCCGAAAACCAUCCAAUCAGAUACUUGAAUUAUUCCGGAACCGGGGAUUUACUCCUGGUGAUUUCGGGGGCCAGCCAGGCCAAAGUCUUAGACAGGGACGGAUUCGAGCAAUUGGAGACCGUCAAGGGGGACAUGUACAUAACCGAUCAAGCGCAGACGAAGGGGCACACGGCCGGGCUUCUCGCCGGCUGUUGGAACCCCCUCAUAAAAGAGGAGUUUCUAACGACGAGUGCUGAUGGGACAGUCCGAACCUGGGAUUUCUACGAAGGGGGCAAAAACCACAAGAGUAUAAUCAAAUGUCGGGCCCAAAAUGGGCUAAAGGUGUCACCCACGGCGGUGACUUAUGGACGCGAUGGUAAAGUUAUAGCGUGUGGGUGUGUAGAUGGGUCGCUUCAGUUGUGGGACUUUCGUAAAAGUUCAGUAGCCCCCGCGAGUCAAAUCCGGAAGGCCCAUCUUCCGGGGGAAGUGACAAGUAUUCGGUUUUCCAACGUUGGUAAUAAUUUACUAACCCGGAGUUGCGACGAAACCAUGAAGUUGUGGGAUGUGCGAAAUUUCAAAAAAUCGCUUUUCGAAGUCGGCGAUUUGUUCACUCGAUAUGACACAACCGAUGCGAUUUUUAGCCCCAACGACGCCAUCGUGGCCACCGGAGUGUCACUCCGGAAGAACGAAACCUCCGGUUAUAUCUACUUCUACGACUCGACAAAUUUCACUCAAAUUCACAAAAUCCUCAUCACGAAUUCUCACACAAUCAAGCUUUUGUGGCACCCGAAACUGAAUCAGAUUUUCGUGGGGACUGGCAACGGGAUGAUUAAGUGUUUCUACGACCAGAAGAAGAGUCUCCGAGGGGCCACUCUCUGCGCGGUUAAAGUCCACCGCAAGGCCCAGCAUUCGGAGAUUGUGAGUUCGCAGCAGGUUAUAACCCCACAUGCGUUGCCGCUUUUCAGACAGGAGAGGAGGAAGACGAGUCGGAAGCAGAUGGAGAAGGACCGGUUGGAUCCGGUUAAGUCGCGACGACCGGAUUUGCCGAUCACUUCCGGGCAAGGGGGGCGUGUGGCGUCUAGUGGCGGCACGUUGAGUAGUUAUGUGAUCAGGAAUUUGGGGCUGAGUAAGAGAGUGGACGAUGAUCAGGAUCCGAGAGAGGCGAUUUUGAAGUAUGCAAAGGAAGCGGCGGAAAAUCCAUAUUGGAUUACGCCGGCGUAUGCGAAGACGCAACCGGAGGUUGUAGCUAAGGGGAAGGCGCCGUUGGAGGAGCCGCCGGAAAAGAAAACCAAAAAAUGAAUAAAGAGCGUAGAUAUGUUAGUACAGAAAUAAAUCUUAAUAAAUAUAAGGAAUUUUUAUUACAAAUUUGAAAUACACAUACCGGGUGCGGCAUCCGUUACACCCAGAAAGAAAAUCUUCACUUCUAAUUAAAUAAAAUUGUUGAAUUUUUUCACACUUAUCUGGGCAUUAGUAAGGUACAUUCUCUAAUUUUUUGGUAAUUUUUCAUUUACAAACAAAGCCAAAAACAAU